AUGAGCCGAGAAGUUGCAGGAGAAGAAGAGGGCGUCACUCUGCUGGAAGCGAUCCGGGAUGGAAGGGUGCCUACCCCGGAAGAGAUGACGUUCCCUCAGUGGCAGGCUUGGCGACGUGCCGCCGGCCGUAGGCCCACAAGGAGAAGGGACGGCAGAGGCCUGCCGACAGGUGAAGAAGUAGCCCUCUGGAGGAGCGUCAUGGAUGAGCUCUAUGGCGAGGGCAGGGCGGCGGAACUUGACGAGGGCGAUGAAGAGGAGGAGGAAGAGAGGCCGUCGGCAUCGGCCUCCCCUUCUGUUGCGUCUCGUGAGGUCGCCUUGGUGAAUAGCCCACGCCCGUCUUCAGUUGGCACUGGAGGAGUCAGCGUGGUGAGCCUUCGGGCCAAGUUGCAAGCGUUGUAUGACCCUUCGGCGGAGGAAUUCGGAGCGUACCUGAUGCGUAUGGGACGAAUCAUCUCCGCUCUCCAAGCCUUGGACGCAGCUGUUCCGCCGGGUCCGUUAGAGACAGUGACAAGAAAGGCGGAAUUCAUGAUCGAACUGUAUGGUGAGCAUGGGGGUUUGGACAAAGUGAGAGCUGUGCGUUUCUUGCGAGACAAGUUCGUAGCUUACGCGCAGGAUGAGACCUUAGACCCUCGAGAGAGAGACAGUUCGAUCGCCGCGAUCGGUGAGUUGAUUGAACAAUUAGGAGGGAAACCGAGUUCGAGCCCAGGAAAGGUGUAUAGUACUCCGUCUGGAGCGGAGGAAGCAACGGUUCCUGUGGCUCGCGGUCCCGUCAGCGGUCUUCGCGACGUUGGACGCGGCCAACGGCCGGCGCCCGGUCCCGCUCCUAGUUUGGGACCGGAACAAGAUGGGGAUUUCUCCCUCAGGGCCAAGCUGGCAGCUCUGGAGAUGGAGCUGGAGGCCAUGAAACGAGAGAAAGCCGAAUCAGAGGCCGGUUCAGCGUUGGGAUCGGAGCAAGGCUUAGCAGCCGCCUUGGCCCAACAGAAGGCAGCGCUGGAGGCACAAACAAAGGUGCUCCAGGAAGCGUUGGGACGAGGCGGAGGCAACCAGUCUGUCACCGCGGUCAAAACAGACCUUCAUUGGCCGACCUUGACAGACGAGCGCUCUGACUUCAAAGAUGUCACCUUGUUCUAUGAGGAGUUCGAGGAUGUGUGCGCCUUAGCGAACUCCUGCCGUGGAAUGAAUGCCCGCGAGAAACUGCUGGCUCUCCGAGCGCGCUGCCGGGGAAGUAGGCUGAAGACCUACCAGAACCUGUACCGGUCCGCCUGGAAGUCCGGAGAGGUCCUGGAAGACCCCGAAGCAGUGUAUGAGCGCAUCAAAUCGAAACAUUUGAUGUUUAGUGAGAGCCGAGAAGAGCGAGAGAUCCGCGUCGAUGCGGAGCAUGUCGCGCUCAUGAAGGGGAAGCUCACUGGUCACCAGUUCGAACCUUUGUUCGAAGCGUCGGUGGCGGAAUUGGAAGCUGUGGGUCUUGGAAAGACGCAGCGAGAGCUUUUCCUCUCCUACUUGAGGAAGGUUGGGACCAGUCUCCAACGGGAGAUUCGAUCCGACAAGCGGCUUUGGGGACACGAAGACAAGCUCCGAGGGCCGCAGACCUGGGAGGAGGCUCAUCGGGUCGUCCUCGAGUAUGAGCAGCGAGAAGCGACUAACAAGGCCACCGCCAACGCCGUGUUCACGACCACCGGCGAAGCCACGCGUCUUGCUGCGGAUCUCGCAAAAAAGGAGAAAGCAGAGAAGGCGAAGCGGGACAAGGCCAACAAGGAGGCGAACAAGGGAAAGGGCAGAGGUGGACAAGGUUCCGCUCCAAGUGGGUGGGCAGCUCCAAGCGGGAACAGCGUGCUCAAUCCGUUCGCCGCGUUCUGUGUGGUGACGGGUGGUUUAGAGCAGGCUCAACCUGCGGGUGCGGACGUCGUGUUCGCGUCCGCGCCGCGGAGUUCAUCCCCUGGAGUUCCACAGAAGGGACCCUUCACCGAAUUGGACGAGCUCCCAAAGGAUUGGUGGCAUGUCGUGCCGAAUGAGCCUGGCGGUUAUCAAUACCGCACCGUCGUGCAAAUCCUUGAUAAGAAGGUCGACACGAUGUUGGACGGAUGCGCUGGGUCCAAUCACAUCACGGAAGAGCUGGUGGUCGGGAUCAUCAAUCGGGCUGCGGAGCUAGGCUUGCGCCCGAAUGACAAGAACUUUCCGAUCAUUCAGUUCGAAAAAUGGCUGUAUCCAGAGUACGUGCAUGGGAUUGCGAGCGGCUCACCCGUGCCGCUCAAGGGUGGUUUUCGACCUGGGCCCAUGACCCAUGUGCUGGACUCUCUAGGUGUGCAUCUCCCGCGCUGUGAGAACUUCAGUGCGGAGAGGAAGGACAGAGCCUAUCCUUUCCGGUCCAUCCUCUCGGCAGUAGACCAGGAGGCUGAGGGACAUCUGGAGCCGGAGACCGGGCCAAGGGCCAUGGUAGUCUAUGCAGGUGAUGAAGGAGCGACGCUGCUUCCUGGGGAAGGCGCUCUCCUUCCUGUGCGAAUUGCUGGCAGCUGGACGCCGGAAGUUUCGAGCUGUGAAGUGGUCCUUCCAGUUGCCGGCAAGGUGGAAGCAGUUCCCGGCAUCUGGGACACAGGGGCUCGUGAGGGCAUGGUCCUGGUGACGCCAUACCAGGAAGAGGUCGUCCUUGAAGAAGGCGAUCCAGUCGGAGAGCUCCGGGCAGGUGCAGUAGUCAGUGGGACUUGUUCUUGCGGAGCUGUCGACACAGUUUUCGUGAGCCAGACGGCCGGCCUAGAGCCGGACACCUGCCAGGAAUGCGGAUUGGAACAGCCCAGCCUCAUUGGUUCAGUCUGCUAUUCGUGCGGUCGGAAGGGAGAGAUCAAGAGCACUCCACUCCAGGGGUGCAAGUGUCGCGCGAAAACACCUAGGAAGGCGCGUGAGUCAAGGAAGGGAUAUGGAGUGUUUGCCACGUUCGCGGUUGGGCUAGCUGCGCUCACUGCGGCGUACGCAUUUGACCCGUCGCAAUAUGAGUCAAAGAGCUGGUCGCGGGCGGGGGCCUCGUUUUCGAGCCUUCGUCGCGAAGAAUCGCGGGCGAGGACUUCGUUUUCGAAUCCUCGUCGCGAGGAAGUGUGGGCCACCUUCCCCGGUGGUUGGGUGCGAACGCACCCGGAGGCCCGGGAGAAGCUGUUUGAGUUUAGUGAAGAAGCGUCGGCCCCACUCACGCUGAAUGUCGACCAGCUGGAUUCUCGAAGGGUCACGACAGGUCAGUUUUUGGAUGGAGAGUCUCUCUUUUGGGAAGACUCGUGGCGUGAGGGCGACCCGUGGGUCUUUAAGGGACGUCCAUGGGUAGGAGAAACCCGUUUCUACGCGGUGGGUCAUGGUUCUGAAGGCUCUUGGAGGAGCACCAUGACCGAGCCAGUGUUUCACAUAGUGGAGGCGCCAGGCGGAAUCGACAAAAUGGCAGAGGAAACGCCAACGGAGCGCUACUACGAUGCGCUCAGGAGGUCUCUGGAGAAGCGUUUUCCCAAGGCCAACCAAUUCCUCCUGGAUCACCUGAUUUCGCUUGAAGCAUUUUUGGACAAGUCGAUCGUUUUUGGUUUCAGCUACGGGGUGGCUAAGGCGGAGAUCUGCAAGGAAGGUGGCAAGCUGUUGGGACACAUCGUUGGGAGGAAUGGAAGCGAACCAGACCCUGAGCGAGCUAAGGCCGUAAUGGACUUUGCACCGCUCAGAGAGAAACUCCAUAUCCAGCAAUUUCUUGGAUGCUCCGACUGGUUGCGCAUGUACCUCCCCGCGGAGUACGGUGUUUGUUCCAAAAUUUUGACUGGCUACCAACGGCCAGAUGCGACCUUCCCACCUGAAGGGCUCGGAUAUGGCAGCACAGAAGGCUGCAAGGCUGUUCGGGCCAUCAAGCGCAUGUUGGCUAAGUCAAUCAGCUUAGCUAUGAUUGACGAGGCCAGUGCCAUCUCCGGAGCUUGUCCGCUUGAGCAGGUGGCCGAUGCCAGCGGGUUUGCGGUCGGAGGUUUGCUCACUGGUGUCACCACGGCUCAGAGCCAAGAGCACGAAGACAAGACCCUCCCACUGCCGGAAGUGGAUGGCCAGCCAAGGCGCACUUUGACGGGGAGCAUUCGGGGCUAUGUCACACUUGCCAAGUGCCUGAUACUGUCACGCAUGGAGCCCUUCAUUGCUAUGGCGGUGCACGCGGCCUUCUUGUGGGUCCUUCGCACGGGCGCUUCGGCUACCAUUUUUACGGACAGCCAAUAUGCGUUGGACAACUUGAGGUCUCUGGCAACAAGUUUGGUCACUGUCAAGCAGAUUGAUAGUGGCCGCAUCACCUUGCAGAAGAUUUCCUCGCACCUUAAGGAGGAGGAUUGUGUUUCUCCCCGUGAGGACUGGAGCCGACUCGGCAACGACUUCGUGGACAUGAUAGCCAUGGGCCAAGUGGCAGAAUCAGCUACGUCCUACGGAGUUCUGCAGAUCUACAACACCUUCUGUUCUGCGGAGGAAAGUGCUCGCAAUGCCACUCGGUCUCAACUUAGCUUCUUGGUUGAGCUAGCUCAGACAAGCUUGACCUUGACCUCUGAGAGCCAUGACCCGGAAGGAGAAACUCUGAAUGAGUUGGGAGUCCACUUUCAGGCGACUGAUGCCUCGUUGGCUGCCCAGUUUGGCCCUGAAGUCUUGAGCCACUCAAUUAGGUUAGGCAAGUUUUCUGCUCGCAUGGUCGGUGACUUGGCUUCAUGGCUUAUUGCGAUCGAUCUUACUUCCCCUAGUAAGUGUCAUGUUUCUCUUCUUGAGUUGGUGAUUGGGUUUUCCUUAGAUGGCUAUCGCAUGCCUCUCACCGAACACCAAGCGGGUGAUUUAUUUUUGGACUCAGCUGAAGUGCCAUGUGGCGGUCUUGUUCGACCUACUCUUGCUACUGAGCUUGCUAUUUUUUGUGAUCUUUUUCGUCUUGUGCAAACGCACUUUCAGCUGAGCUUGGACACUGGCCUGAAGGCACGUCCGCACCUUCGAGUCUUCGGGAGGAUGCCCAGUGUUUGUUUGGGUUGGGGUGGUGACUUGGCCACCAGAGUUUCUGACGAGCUCCUUCGGUUUACAUCCUCCUGGCCGAUUCGAUACGCGAGGGAUCUUGCGCGACCUCGUUGA